AUGAAAAAGUUUAUUGAAAAAUCUUAUCAAACAUAUUUAAAUCAAAGACAUGUAAAAAAUUUAUUUGAUUAUUAUGAUCAUUAUAACAUAAACAAUAAAAUAAUGUUAAUGAAAGAUUCAUAUGAGCUAUAUUCAAAGAAUUAUGAGAAUAUAAUAUUUUCUGCAGAUAUAAUUGAUUUAAAAAAAAAUGAUUUACUUUCUAACAAGAAGAAAAGGAGGAAUAGAAAUUUUUAUUAUAUACAUUCUAUCUCAGGAAAUUCAGUAAAUUAUCACAAAUUUGGUAUUAUAUAUGGAUAUACAGUAAAUAAAAACUAUUUAAAAGAAAUAGUUGAUGAAUUAUUUGUACUUUAUAAAAUGAAUAAAAAUAUUUUUUCAGAUAUGUCUUUUCUACAAACAGUUUAUUUACUUUUUAGAAAAAUUGAAAACAGUUUUAAUGUACAUAGGAGAAAUGAUAAUGUGAGUAUGAAUAACAUAUUUUUUUUUAAUGUUUCAAAACAUUAUUCUAAAUUAAGUAAAAAGGAUAGAGAAGAAGAAAUAAAUUUAUCUAUGGCAUCUAAAUUUUUUUCUAAAACUUUAUUUUCUGCUUUUCAAAUAUUGUUCACUAUAAGAUUAAGCAAUGAUAUAGAUAAACUUGAUAGGAUAUAUGGUUCCAGUGAAAUGAUUGGUUUAACAAUACAUGAAGAACCAUAUUUAAAGUUUGCCUAUGCAUAUUAUGGUAGUAUGAUGGAUAAUUUAACAAAUACACUUUUACCCUUAUAUAUAAAAAAACCAAUAACUCAAUUAAAAUACGGAAAAACUUUUAUUCUAGCAAACAUGUAUAAAUUGUGUUCAGAUAUAUUUUCAUUAUUAAAUUUAAAUAAUUUAAGUCUUUUAUGUGAAUAUCAAGCGAUAGCUAGCUCUAAUUAUUAUUCUUACAAAAAGAUAGCACAAUUUAUAGAUAGAAAAUUCACAACUAUGAUUAUAGGUUCUCUUUCCUUAAAGAUUAAGGAACUUAAAUUGGAAGCAGAAGGUAUAGUAAUUCCAUACACUGAUAAGUUUAAGUGGCCAAAUAUUUUGUAUCCUUUAGGUUUGAUGAAUAUAUAUAUAGCAGGUAGUCUACUUUUUAGAAGUGCUUUAUUUUUUCCCGACAAUUUACCUGAUGAACUUAGGAAGCAAGUAGAGCAUAGUUUAUCUGAAGAACCAAACGAUAAACCUUCCGUUUUCUAUAUUGAUAAAAUAGUAAACAUAUCUGUUAUAUACAGUUUAUCUAUUUCUAUGUUUUUAUAUAAUUUAAUGAGAUGGUAUGCUAUAUAUGAAUAUGUUGUAUUUUUUAUUAGAAGUAAUAUUCGUUUGUUUGAUAGAUUUUAUACUAUACUUGAAAAUUAUGUUUCAUUAUUUAUUAAAAGUAAUAUAAAUAAAACCACAUUUGAUGUUUUAUUAAAAGCAUUUCAAAGAGCAUAUAUAGCUACAAUGAAUGAAGGUUAUUAUAAAGAAGUCAUUGAAGCUAGAGUUUCUACUAAGAAAAUUAACAAAAAAGAAAAUAGUGAAUAUAAUGAAGAGGAUAUAUACUUAUUAGAACCACAUGAUAUUGAAUUAUUGGUAGGAAAUUGUGAUUUAAUGUAUGUAGAUAAUUCUUCUUAUUUUGAAGACUUAGACGAAAAUGAAAAUUUUUUAAAUGAAAAAAAAAUUGUAUCCUGUGAAAAAUAUGAACAAAUAAGAAAAUAA